GCCUAGGCAGCGCAGUGGGAGGAAGCCUGGCCUCCUCCUGUCCUUCCCACAGCAUGGGGAACAGGCUGCUUUACUCAAGCCUGGCACUCCUCCUGCUCCUGGUGCCUGCAGAUGCCUCUAUCCCGAGAAAGCCAAAGCCACUCUACAUGGUACUGGUUCCCUCCCUGCUCCAUGCAGGGACCCCUGAGAAGGGCUGCCUCCUUCUCAGCCACCUGAAUGAGACAGUGACUGUGCGUGCUUCGUUGGAAUCUCUCAGAGAAAACAGAAGUCUCUUCACUGAUCUUGUCGUUGAGAAAGAUCUAUUCCACUGUGUCUCCUUCACUGUCCCGCAGUCUUCAUCCAAGGAAGUGAUGUUCCUCACUGUCCAAGUCAAAGGACCAACUCAGGAAUUCAGGAAGAGGAGCACAGUGCUGGUUAAACAUAAAGAGAGUCUGGUCUUUGUCCAGACAGACAAACCCAUCUACAAACCAGGACAGGCAGUGAAAUUUCGUGUUGUCUCAUUGGAUGAAAAUUUUCACCCCCUUAAUGAACUGAUUCCACUACUGUACAUCCAGGAUCCCAAAGGAAAUCGCAUUGUGCAAUGGCAGAGUCUGAAGUUAGAGAGUGGCCUCAGACAACUGUCCGUCCCCCUCUCAUCAGAGCCCCUUCAGGGCUCCUACAAGGUGGUGGUGCAAAAGGAAGCAGGUGGAACGGUAGAGCACCCCUUCAACGUGGAAGAAUUUGUGCUUCCCAAGUUUGAAGUACAAGUGACCGUGCCAAAGAUAAUCACCAUUAUGGACGAAGAGGUCAAUGUGUCCGUGUGUGGCAUAUACACUUAUGGGAAGCCUGUCCCAGGACGCGUGACUGUGAACAUGUGCAGAAAAUACAGUAAUCCUUCUAAGUGCUUUGGUGAAGAGUCACAGGCUUUCUGUGAGAAAUUCAGUCAGCAGCUAGACAACCAUGGCUGCUUCUCCCAAAAAGUAAGAACUAAAGCUUUCCAGUUGAAGAGGCAAGAGUAUGAGAUGCAGCUGGAAGUGGAGGCCACGGUCCAAGAAGAAGGAACAGGUGUGGAAGGAACUGGAAGAGGGUCCUGUGCAAUCACAAGAACUAUAUCCAAGCUCUCAUUUGUGAAAGCAGACUCACAUUUUAAACAAGGAAUCCCCUUCGUUGGGCAGGUGCUCUUGGUGGAUGGGAAAGGUGUCCCUAUGCCAAAUGAAAUGGUCGUCAUCAGAGCAAAUUCAGCAAACUAUAUCUCAAAUGUUACCACUGAUGAGCAUGGCCUAGCAGAGUUCUCCAUCAACACCACCAACAUCGUGGGCACCCACCUUACUAUUAGAGCCAAAUACAAGGAUGACAAUUCUUGUUAUGGAUUCAAAUGGCUGGCAGCAGAGAACGAAGGAGCACAACACACUGCUAAAGCGAUCUUUUCUCCUAGCAAAAGUUUUGUGCACCUGGAAUCCCAAACUGGUAAACUGCCCUGUGGUGAAACUCUGCCAGUCCAGGCACAUUAUGUUCUAAAUGGACAGGUCCUGCAGGAGCUGAAGGAACUGGUCUUCUAUUAUCUGAUAAUGGCAAAGGGAGGCAUUGUCCGAACGGGGACUCACGUGUUGCCUGUGGAGCAGGGAGACAUGAAAGGUCAUUUCUCCCUAUUGGUCCCUGUGGACUCAGACUUGGCUCCUGUGGCUCGAUUGCUCCUUUAUACCGUUCUACCUGAUGGGGAAGUGAUUGGGGACACUGCAAAAUAUGAGGUUGAAAACUGUCUGGCUAACAAGGUGGAUCUGAGCUUCAGCCCAGCACAAGGUCUUCCUGCCUCUCACACCCUCCUGCGAGUCACUGCUUCUCCUCAUUCCCUCUGUGGCCUGCGAGCUGUGGACCAAAGUGUGCUGCUCAUGAAGCCCGAGGCUGAGCUCUCUGCAUCCUCGGUUUAUAAUCUGCUACCAGUAAAAGACCUCACUGACUUCCCUGAGGGUGUGAAUCAGAAGGAGGAAAGUGGUGAAGACUGUGUCAGUCUCCACAAUGUCUACAUUGAUGGAAUCUUGUAUUCCCCAGUGCAAAAUACAGAUGAAGAAGACAUGUAUCAGCUCCUACGGGAUAUGGGCUUAAAGGUGUUCACCAACUCAAAGAUUCAAAAACCCAAAUUAUGUGCACAGCUUGAUGAAUAUGAUCAUAGAGGCUUUAUAGCUUCAAAUUUAAAAGCAUCAGUUGAAUAUCGUGUUGGAAGUUCAGGCCUCAUGGAGCUUAAACAGGUUUCAGCACCUCCCAAAGAGAGUACACGGAAGUACUUCCCUGAAACAUGGAUCUGGGACUUGGUGGUGGUGGACUCAUCAGGAGUGGCUGAAGUGGGAGUGACAGUCCCUGACACCAUCACUGAGUGGAAGGCCGGAGCCCUCUGCCUGUCCAACGACACUGGACUUGGCCUCUCUCCCACGGCCUCUCUCAGAGCCUUCCAGCCGUUCUUUGUGGAGCUCACAAUGCCUUACUCUGUGGUCCGUGGAGAGGCCUUCACACUCAAGGCCACUGUAAUGAACUUCCUUCCCACAUGUAUCCAGGUUGCUGUAGAGCUGGCUGCCUCUCCCAAAUUCCUAGCUGUCCCAGUGGAGAAGGAGCAAGGGUCUCACUGCAUCUGUGGGAAUGGGCGGCACACUGUGUCCUGGGCAGUAACCCCAAAAUCCUUAGGAAAUGUGAAUUUCACUGUCAGUGCAGAGGCACUCAAGUCUCAGGAGAUGUGUGGGGAUGAAACACCAACAGUCCCUGAAUAUGGAAGGAAAGAUACCGUCAUCAAGCCCCUGCUGGUUGAACCUGAAGGACUAGAGAAAGAGGUGACAUUCAACUCCCUGCUUUGCCCAUCAGGUACUGAGGUAUCUGAACAGAUAUCCCUAAAAGUGCCAGCAAAUGUAGUAGAGGAUUCUGCCCGAGCCUCUGUCUCAGUUUUGGGAGAUAUAUUGGGUUCUGCCAUGCAGAACACACAGAGCCUCCUCCAGAUGCCUUAUGGCUGUGGAGAGCAGAAUAUGGUUCUGUUCGCGCCUAACAUCUAUGUCUUGGAUUAUCUAAAUGAAACACAGCAACUGACUCAGGAGACCAAGUCCAAGGCCAUCAGCUACCUCAACAUGGGUUACCAAAGGCAGUUAAACUACAAGCACCAAGAUGGUUCCUACAGCACCUUUGGGGAGAAGCAUGGCAGGAGACAGGGCAAUACCUGGCUCACAGCCUUUGUACUGAAGAGUUUUGCUCAGGCUCGAAAAUAUAUCUUCAUCGAUGAAACACACAUCACAGAAGCUCUCCACUGGCUCUCUCAGAAACAGAAGGACAAUGGUUGUUUCAGGAGCUCUGGGUCCCUGCUCAACAAUGCAAUAAAGGGAGGAGUAGAAGAUGAAGUCACCUUGUCUGCUUACAUUACCAUUGCUCUUUUGGAGAUGCCUCUGCCAGUCACUCAUCCUGUUGUCCGCAGUGCCCUCUUUUGCCUGGAUACAGCAUGGAGAUCGGCAAAAGAAAGACCCCAUGGUAGCCAUGUCUACACUAAGGCACUGUUGGCUUAUGCAUUUGCUCUUGCUGGCAAUCAGGAGAAGAGAAAGGAAAUAUUGAAAUCACUUGAUGAGGAAGCUGUGAAAGAAGACGAUUCUAUCCACUGGACAAGACCUCAGAAACCCAGGGCACCAGAGGGUCUCUGGUACCAACCCCAGGCUCCCUCUGCUGAGGUGGAGAUGACUGCUUAUGUGCUCCUUGCUCACCUCACUGUCCAGCCAACCCCGACCCAAGAGGACUUGACAGCUGCAGUCCCCAUCGUGAAGUGGAUCACAAAGCAGCAGAAUUCCCAUGGCGGCUUCUCCUCCACCCAGGACACAGUGGUGGCUCUCCAUUCGUUGUCCAAAUAUGGAGCAUGUACCUUUACAAGGAGUAGGAAAGCUGUCCAGGUGACCAUCAGUUCUUCAGAUGCAUUUUCUCCAAACUUCCAAGUGGACAACAACAACCGCUUGUUACUACAGCGAGUCUCAUUGCCAGCUGUGCCUGGGGAAUACAGUGUGAAAGCGACAGGAGAAGGCUGUGUCUACGUCCAGACAUCUUUGAAAUAUAACAUUCUCCCUGGAAAGGAGGUGUAUCCCUUUGCUUUAGAGGUGAAGACUCUGCCCCAAACUUGUGAUGGACCCGAAGCUCACAAAAGCUUCCAGGUCUCCCUUAAUAUCAGUUACACAGGGAGCCGUACCUCCUCCAACAUGGCGAUUGCAGAUGUGAAGAUGGUGUCUGGAUUCAUCCCUUUGAAACCAACAGUGAAGAUGCUUGAAAGAUCAAACCGUGUGAGCCGGACUGAAGUCAGCAACAACCAUGUCUUGAUUUACUUGGAUAAGGUGUCAAAUCAGACACUGAACUUCUCCUUCAUGGUUCUGCAAGAUAUUCCAGUGAGAGACCUGAAACCAGCUAUAGUGAAAGUGUACGAUUACUAUGAGACAGAUGAGUUUGCAGUUGCAGAGUACAAUGCUCCUUGUAGCAAAGAUCACGGAAAUGCUUGAAGACCAUGUGAAUGAAAAUGAAUCACUGUUUUGCUGGAACUUCACAAGAAAAAUAGUUUUUUACUCCCAAAGAUUUGAUAAAUAAACCAUUUUACUUAUCAGUCUA